AUAGCUGCAGGCCGUACGCUGGCUGACGAGGCACUCUCGCAUCCAUCGUUGCUCGCCAUGCUUUACUUUCCUAAGGAUCAAACGAUGGCUGUGUACCUCCCCAUCAUGUUGCCCACUUUGAUUCCUCUUAUCGGUUCGAUCGUUGCGCUCUGUAAAUGGGCUCUUGGAUGGGCGUAUUAG